UGUAGGACACAGUAAAACUGCCCCAUAGGGUAUCCAAGGAGUGGCUGGUGGAUUCAACCUGUUGACGUUUUGGUUAGCAGUCUUAGCUUUUAACCACUGCACCACCAGGGCUGAAAAACAACAACAAAGCAAACAAACAAAACAAUAGGAUCAGGUGGCUCAAAUAAGUGAACAAAAAUAAAGGGGCAGAAAACCUUCCCAAAGAGGAAAUUGUAAUGGAGCUACCUGAAAAAGAAUUAAAAAAAGCUUAUGUAUAGAAAGAAUCCUUAAAGAGAUCAAGGAAAACAACAAAAACUGAGGAAAACAGAUUAAACCCUAGAAAAGUUCAGGAAAACAAUGCAGUAAGAAAAUGACAGAGUAGAUAAUUAGAAACCACAUAAAAACAGCAACUAGAAAUCCAGAAGAUAAACAAUAAAAUAUCAGAAAUAUAGUAAUAAAAAAGUAAUUAACAGAAGGACAUAGAAAUAGAAUUGAAUCAAUAGAAGAAAUAAUCAGGGAAAUAGAGAACAAAUCCCUUGACAAUAAUUUGUUUGAGGAGCAAUCAGAAAAAAGAAUGAAGAAAAAUGAAGAAACUAAGGGUUAUGUGGAACAUUGUUAAAAGGAAGAAUUCAUGUUUAACUGAAAUUUCGAAAGAGGAGAGAAAAAAAAGCAUGGAGAGAAUUUUUGAAGAUUACUGACAGAAAACUUCUGUAAUAUUAUGGAAGAUGACAUCCUAGUGUGGGUUCUCUAGAGAAGCAAAACUAGUGAAGUGUAUAUGUGUAUGUAUAUAUACAGGGAGCGGGAGAGAGAGAUUGAUUGAUCUCGAGGAAAUGGCUCACAUGGCUGUAGAGACUGGCAAGUCCCAAGUCUGUGGAUCAGGUGUAAGGCGGGAGGCUUCUCCUGAUUCAUAUAACUGCAGGGGGUGAUUAACCCACGACUGGCACGUGAGAUGGCAGGCUGCUGGCUCAUGGGCUGCAGAGGCUGACAAAUCCCAAGAUUGGCAGGCAGUAUGGCAGGCCGCUGGCUCAAGAUCCAUGAACCAGAGAUCAGAUGAUGAUGAGCCAAAUGCAAGAUCCAGAGCAAGCAAGCAAGCUUUGCCAGAAUAUCCAUAUAUAUACUGGAUGCAGGCCCACACUGCCAAGGAAAUUCCCCUUACAACUGAUUGACUGGUCACAUCCUAUCACAUCAUGGAGGAUGCCUGCAUCAUUACAUAAUUGCCAAAUUACAUCAUUAUACAACCGCGAAACUACUGAGAAUUGUGGCCCAGCCAAGUAGGCACACAACCAUAACCAUCACAAGCCACCCCUUGUCAACACCUCCUUAAACCAUACACAGUCUCUAAAUAAAGACAAUUACAAAGUCAUGUUAUGCCUGACAUAACUAACAUGUAUACAACUGAAAACACACUAGCCCUAUUUACAUCUUACAUUUUAUAAAUGAAGAAAACAAAAAUAUUUGAUACACAUAUAUAAGGAAGAAAUACUCAUAGCAAUUACAGUCCUCGUUUCUGCAACUGGUCGUGUGGUUGUAACUAGUAUUUAGAACUACCUUCUUCCACCAUCCAUUCUGUAUUUGCUUUACCCUUAGCAAGCUCCUCAGUUGGUCAUGGUUCUUUCCCUGGUGGGGUGACCCAACCCUUCAUUACUGAAGGGUCUGGGGCAUUAGUAGUCAUGUCGGAAUUGGGUUGCUGUAGUUUUCCGUUGAUUUUAAUCACGGGGCGUGAUAGUACUAAGAGACGCCCUAAGGGAUCUCCUGUAUUCCAGACAUAUUCUUUUUUAAUUCCAUCGUGCACUAUCAAUCUGAUUUCCUGUUGAUAGUCAGGGGUAAUCACGCCAGUCCAUAUGGUAACACACUUUUUUUGCCUGUUGAUUCAGAGGCAUGAGGAGCCCAAAGUGGCCGGUGGCAUUCUUAACUUCCAGUUAAAUGGAAAUGCCUCCAGGUGAGGUCAUUUCUCCCUUUGGAACUAAGACCUCUACACCCACAGAGCAUAGGGUCACAGAUACAGGAAGCAACAAUUUGGUGAGUAAGUUCUUAGGGGUAAUAAUGGUACCAUUCCCAUCUCCACCCCUUGAUUCCUGAAACUGUGAAUUCUGGCUAUGGGAGAAACAGCACUGUAUAUUGGAUGCUAGUUUAGAGCAUAUACAGCCUCCUGGAGAACAUUGCCCCAACCUUGCAAAGUGGUGCCACCUACUUGGUGCUGUACUUGUGCCUUUAGAAGGCCAUUCCAUCGCUCUAUCAAGCCAGCUGCUUCAGGAUAAUAGGGAACAUGAUAAGACCAGUGAAUUCCAUGAGCAUGGGCUCAGUGCUGUACUUUGUUUACUCUGAAGUAAGUCCCUUGAUCCGAGAUGGUGCUCUUUGGAAUACCAUGAUGGCGGAUAAGACAUUCUGCGGUACAGAGAUGGUAGUUUUGGCAGAAGCAUUGCAUGCAGGGAAGGCAUAUUCAUAUACAGGGUAAAUGUCUGUCCCACUAAGAACAAAACGCUGUUCUUUCCAUGAUGGAAGCUGUCUAGUGUACUCAACAUGCCAUCAGGUUGCUGGCUGAUCACCUCGAGGAAUGACUGGUUUCCACAGAAUGCCUCAUUGUACCCACCUGCUUGUUAAAAUCCUGCCCUAAAGAGGGCAUUCUUGGUGCGCAGUCACAAGAAACACAAAAAACUUCACUUCUUUGGCCCUUUCAGAGAAGCCUGUGCACAAACCUCUUCCUCAUACCUCCUAGUCACCAAUUUUCUAAUCAUGUUCCUCCCAAGUGCCUGACCAUUCAGCCAAACUAUUGGCCAUAGCCCACGAAUCAGUAUAUAAUCACACAUCUGGCCAUUUCUCCUUCCAAGCAAAGUAAACAGUCAGGUGCACUACUCAGUGUUCUGCUUGUUGGGAGGCUUUCCCUUCACCACUGUCCUUCAUGGAGGUCACAGAAAGGGGUUGUACUGCUGCUGCUGUCUACUUUUGAGUGGUAACUGUGUAUCGCACAGAACCAUCUGUAGACCAGGCGUGAAUUUUUUCUCUUCCUGAGUCAAUGAAUCAUAAGGAACUCCCCAUAAGGCCAUAGGUGCAGACUUGGAAGGGCACGUUAUGUGAGGGAAGGAGAGACCAUGGGAAUUUGGGUCACUUCCUCAUGCAACUUGUGUCUUCAGGUCUUGCUCAGGCCCAGUUUUGUGUAUACCUCUCCCAUUUAAUGAUGGAGUGCUGCUGUUCGUGUCAAACUUUAUGGCUCUUUGGAUCGGACAACACUCAGGUCAUUAUGGGCAGCUCAGGCUGCAUGGUGACUUGGUGGUCCAUGGUUAAAUGUUCAGUCUUUACUAAUGCCCAGUAACCAAAAGCUUUUUCUCAAAAGGAAAAUAGCUAUCUGCAGAGGGUGGUAGGGCAUUGCUCCAAAAUACUAAGGGUGUUCACUGUGAUUCACCAAUAAACCAAAACAAAACAAAACAAAAAAACAAAAAACCCAAACCUGUUGCCAUCAAGUCGAUUCCAGCUCAUAGCAACUCCAUAAGACAAAGUAGAACGUCCCAUGGGGUUUCCAAGGAGAGUCCUGGUGGAUUCAAACUGCCAGUUGGCAGCAUGGGCUCAGUGCUGAGCUCUUAACACACUAGGAGGCUGCCAAAGACCGAAAACAGCAUCUGUGUCUGCCACUGAUACUUCAAGUACCAUUGGAUCAGCUGGAUCUUACACAGGACCCUUAACUGGUAGCAGAGCCUUCUCUUGUUCUGGGUCCCACUCAAAACUAGUAGCUUUUUGAGUCAUAUGAUAAAUAGGCUGGAGUAGCAUACCUGAAUGAUGGAUAUGCUGCCUUCAAAAUCUAGAGGUGCACCAGGUAUUGUGUAGGAGGGGCCAGAUGCAACAACUUAUCCUUUACUUUAGAAGGAAUAUCUCAACAUGGCCCCCACCACUGGACCCCUAGAAAUUCCACUGAGGUGGAAGGCACCUGGAAACCCUGGCAAUGUAGUGGUUAAGAGCUGUGGGUGCUAACCAAAAAGUAGCCAGUUUGAAUCCACCAGGCAGUUUUGGAAAUCCUAUGGGGCAGUCCUAUAGGGUCGCUAUAAGUUGGAAUCGACUUGAUGGCAAUGGGUUUGGUUUUUGGUUUUAGAAGAUACCUGAAUUUUUGUUGGGUUAAUUUUCUACCCUCUUACACUCAAAUGUUUUACCAGUAAUUCCAGAGUCACUGGCACUUCUUUUUUACUAGAUCUGAUCAGCACAAUGUCAUUAAGGUAAUGGUAAUGGACCAGUGUGACAUCUUAUGGAAGAGAAAGGUGAUCAACUUCCCUGCUGACUAAAUUACAUCACAGAGCUGGAGAGUUGAUACACCCUGAGGUAGGACAGUGAAAGUAUAUUGCUAGCCUUGCCAGCUGAAGGCAAACUGCUUCUGGUGGUCCUUCAAAACAGGUACUGAGAAAAAGAUAUUAGUCAGAUCAGCAGCUGCAUACUAGAUACCAGGAGAUGUAUUAAUUUUCUUAUGCAGUGAAACUACAUCUGGAACCAAAACAUGUUGCCAUCGAGUUGAUUCCGACUCAUAGUGACCCUGUAGCAACCCCCCAUAGGGUUUCCAAGGAGCCGCUGGCAGAUUCAAACUGCACACCUGUUGGUUAGCAGCCCAGCUCUUAACCAUUGCUCCACCAGGGCUCCACAUUUGGAGCAGCAGCUCAAUUGGAGUCACCACCUGGUUAAGUUUUCAAUAAUCUACUUUCAUUCUCCAAGAUCUAUUUAUUGCACAGGCCAAGUAGGUGAUUUGAAUGUGUAUGGGGUGGGAAUUACCACUCCUGUAUCCUUCAAGUCCUUGAUGGUGGCAGUAAUCUCAACAGUUUCUCCAGGAGUGCCAUAUUACUUUUCGUUUACUAUUUUCCUACCGUAAUAGCCCUUAUUCCACAUGUCAGGGAUCCAGUGUGUAGGUUCUGUCAGUUGCUGAGUAUGUCUAUUCCAAUUAUGCAUUCUGGAACUGGGGAAAUCACUACAGGAUGGGUUCGAGGACCCACUGGACCCAUUGUGAGGUGGACAUGAGCUAAGAGUCCAUUAAUAACCUGAUCUCCAUAUGCUUCCACUCUUAUCAGUGGACCACAGUGAUGUUUUGGGUCUCCUGGAAUUAGUGUCAGUUCAGAGCCAGUGUCCAGUAAGUCCCAAAAAGUCUGAUUGUUUCCUUUUCCCCAGCGAACAGUCACUUUGGUAAAAGGCUGUAGAUGCCUUUGGAGAAGGGUUGGUGAAAGAUUAACAAUAUAAAUUUUUGGAAGUGUAGUGGGUCCUUCCUCAAGGAGACCUGGCCUCUUCUUCAUUCAAAAGUUUGUAGGGCUGUGACUCUAUUCUGGCGAUUCGAGUUAGACUGCUGUUCACUUGACUUAGAAUUCUUCCACUUGUACGGAUCAAAUAAAUAUCUUGUAGAUUUCCCAUCUGGUUCACUCCUAGGGACACCACGAUUAAGUAGUGAAUGCCAUAAGUCCAAUAAAAAUCAGACCGUUCUGAUUAUCCAUUAUGGUAACCAUGCCCAACUUGUCUUUGUCGAUCAAGGGCUGCCUCUUGGCUCUUACCACCACGGGUACAAUCAGUGCCAUUGUAGUUAGGUAUCUUAAUUCAGUUCCUCACAUCAAACCUGACUUACAUAAAAUAGCAAUCACAGCAGUCUUCAAGGAUGCUGGGGCUCUCUUCAGAUUUUUUUUCCUCACUGUUGUGGUAAAAGGUGUGUCCUUUGGGCACUCCAUGUGUGUUUCCAUGGGUCCAACCUGUUAAAUCCACUCUAACAUGCCAAUUUCCCCAAACCUUUGGAUACAUUCUUCUUUUACAGUACACCAAAGCAGGUCUGGUACUUAAACUUGAUUUUGUGUAGACCAACACGUAAUCCAUGCUUUAGCAAACCCACCGAAUAAACUAUCAGAUCCUUUCCUGAUCUCUCAAGCUGAAGCAUUGAAUGAAGAAUCUGUGCUUAGUGGGCUCAUAUGAAUAAACUUGGACUGAUGCAACUUUAUAUUCCUUGUACUAUUAUCCCACACCCUUAAUAGCCAUUACUACAAAUACUCCCCAGGCUUUUUCAUCUUCCCCACCCCCCCCCAGGUUUCUGUUUGUACAUAUUGGAAAAAUCAAGUGGUUCUUUUGGAGUGUAGCGUAACUCCUCCUGUGUCACACUUUAAAGUUCACUUUUUGGGGCUCACUGGGAGUUUAGUUAUAGGCCUAGAAGCAAAAGCGGGUGGUGGGGUUGGGUCCUGGGAAUAUUCAGCAAUUACUUACAAGGCAUCUACUGAAGGCGUUGCUAUAGGCAAUGAUUCUGACUCUGCCUCAGGCCAUGACUCAGAUUCCACCCCAGGCAGUAUCUCAGACAAAGUCUCUUCAGAUACAGCUGGGUUAAUCUCAUCAGGUGAAGAUAGAAGGGAUAGUGGUUUUGCUUUGGAUGGUAGUUUAGCAGAGAGAGAUGGAAUAAUCUCUUCAGAUGGGAGUAAGAGGGCUGGUUCUGGUUGUAGGAGUGAUUCAAUGGAAUGUGGGGGCUCAGUGUCCCCAGCUUUCUGAUUAUCUGCCCGUACGGCCCUAUCCCAAGUUUCAGGAUCCCAAUCAAUGCCCUCACUUUAAGUUCAGGCACCACAUGAGGCUGGGAAUUCAGUUGGUGUCGUAAUUCAGCCACUCUUAUGGUAAGACUCUAGGUUUGGUUUUUGGCAAUAUCAGCUCUGUUGCUAUAAGAAAUAAGGCUUUCUUUCAGGGCACAGUUGUCAACUUUGAGAUCUUCCGUGCGGUGCUUGAGCUGUGAUUCUGAAGCCCUGAGCUCGUGUCCUUUUUUUUAACCAGUUUGUCUUCUGAAAGUAGGACCAAACAACCAGCUUCCCUGUACUUCUCUUUCUGACAAAAUUGUAGAAAGUUUCAAACAUAAAUCACCGAGAGACUUGCUUCUUACCAAUAUUUGAUCUAUUUGUGGUGAUAUUUUGCAUAUUGUCAUCUGACACCAUGGAUUAACUGUGCCCUUUUUGCUAUUGGAGGCAGUCAUUAGCUUCUUUAAGACUAGUCAGACCUGGGAACCAAUUUAGAAAACUCGUCCUUAUGAUUUUCUUUCUCUAGAACAGAGAAUACCAGAAGGAUGUUUACCUGUGUUUUAUUGAUUACGCAAAGGCAUUUGACUGUGUGGAUCAUGACAAACUAUGGAUAACACUGCGAAGAAUGGGAAUUCCAGAACACUUGGUUGUGCUCAUGAGGAACCUUUACAUAGAUCAAGAGGCAGUUGUUUGGACAGAAUGAGGGGAUACUGAUUGGCUUUAAAGUCAGGAAAGGUGUGCGCCAGGGUUGUAUUCUUUCACCAUACCUAUUCAAUCUGUAUGCUGAACAAAUAAUACGAGAAGCUGGACUAUAUGAAGAAGAACGGGCCAUCAAGAUUGGAGGUAGACUCAUUAACAACCUGCGUUAUGCAGAUGACACAACCUUGAUUGCUGAAAGGGAAAAGGACUUGAAGCACUUACUAAUGAAGAUCAAAGACCACAGCCUUCAGUAUGGAUUACACCUCAACAUAAAGAAAACAAAAAUCCUCACAACUGGACCAAUGAGCAACAUCAUGAUAAAUGGAGAAAAGAUUGAAGUUGUUAAGGAUUUCGUUUUACUUGGAUCCACAAUCAACAGCCAUGGAAGCAGUAGUCAAGAAAUCAACAGACACAUUGCAUUGGGCAAAUCUGCUGCAAAGGACCUCUACAAAGUGUUGAAGAGCAAAGAUGUCACCCUGAAGACUAAGGUGCGCCUGACCCAAGCCAUGGUGUUUUUGAUCGCAUCAUAUGCAUGCGAAAGUUGGACAAUGAAUAAGGAAGACAGAAGAAGAAUUGACACCUUUCAAUUGUGGUGUUGGCGAAGAAUAUUGAAUAUACCGUGGACUGCCAAAAGAACGAAUAAAUCUGUCUUGGAAGAAGUACAACCAGAAUGCUCCUUAGAAGCAAGGAUGGCGAGACUGCAUCUUACAUACUUUGGACAUGUUGUCAGGAGGGAUCAGUCCCUGAAGAAGGACAUCAUGCUUGGCAGAGUAUAGGGUCAGCAGAAAAGAGGAAGACACUCAAUGAGGUGGACUGAUACAGUGGCUGCAACAAUGAGCUCAAGCAUAACAACGAUUGUAAGGAUGGCUCAGGACCGGGCAGUGUGUCGUUCUGUUGUGCAUAAGGUCGCUGUGAGUCGGAACUGACUCGACGGCACCUAACAACAACAACAGAACCACUCCUGGUACCAGAUGUCUUACGCUGGAUUUUCUAAAGAGGUUGCUGCUUCUGGUAAGAGGGCACCCACAACCCUGAUGGGUUUUCAUUCAAGAUAAAUUGCUCCGUCGACUUCAUCGAUUAACUGAACAAAUUCAGCAUGUAGAGCCCAUGAAGCACAGAACAAUAAAGCUUCCUACUCAUACCACCAGGAAGAACUCUUUGAAAGAUUCACCACAACAGGACUACCAGAGAGAAUAAUCUGUCGGAAGCAUCAUGUGUUGAAACCACAGAAGGCACCUUUGCACUAGUUAGAAACAGAGUUAAGAUGUUUUCAAUUCUUUGAGCUCCAGGAAGCCAGGGGAGUGAGUGGAAAAUCUGAAAAUGCGGCCAUGGACUGGUUCCUGGCGUUGGAUUAUGCUCAUUCUCUUUGCCUGGGGGACCUUGCUGUUUUAUAUAGGUGGUCACUUGGUACGAGAUAAUGACCACCCUGAUCACUCUAGCCGAGAACUGUCCAAGAUUCUGGCAAAGCUUGAACGCUUAAAACAGCAGAAUGAAGACUUGAGGCGAAUGGCUGAGUCUCUUCGCAACCAUACAGAUUAUACCUGGAUUCCAGAAGGCCCCAUUGAUCAGGGGCCGGCUGCAGGAAGAGUCCGUGCUUUAGAAGAGCAGCUUAUAAAGGCCAAAGAACAGAUUGAAAAUUACAAGAAACAAACCAGAAAUGGUCUGGGGAAGGAUCAUGAAAUCCUGAGGAGGAGGAUUGAAAAUGGAGCUAAAGAGCUCUGGUUUUAUCUACAGAGUGAAUUGAAGAAAUUAAAGAAUUUAGAAGGAAGUGAACUCCAAAGACAUGUAGAUGAAUUUCUGUCAGAUUUGGGACAUCAUGAAAGGUCUAUAAUGACGGAUCUAUACUACCUCAGUCAAACAGAUGGAGCAGGUGAUUGGCGGGAAAAAGAGGCCAAAGAUCUGACAGAGCUGGUCCAGAGAAGAAUAACGUAUCUUCAGAAUCCCAAGGACUGCAGCAAAGCCAAGAAGCUAGUGUGUAAUAUCAAUAAAGGCUGUGGCUAUGGCUGUCAACUCCAUCAUGUGGUCUACUGCUUCAUGAUUGCAUAUGGCACCCAGAGAACACUCAUCUUGGAAUCUCAGAAUUGGCGCUAUGCAACUGGUGGAUGGGAGACUGUGUUUAGACCUGUAAGUGAGACAUGCACAGAUAGAUCUGGCAUCUCCACUGGACACUGGUCAGGUGAAGUGAAAGACAAAAAUGUUCAGGUGGUUGAGCUCCCCAUCGUAGACAGUCUUCAUCCCCGACCUCCGUAUUUACCCCUGGCUGUACCAGAAGACCUUGCAGAUCGACUCGUUCGAGUCCAUGGUGAUCCUGCAGUGUGGUGGGUGUCCCAGUUUGUCAAAUACUUGAUCCGCCCACAACCUUGGCUGGAAAAGGAAAUAGAAGAGGCCACCAAGAAGCUUGGCUUCCAACAUCCAGUUGUUGGAGUCCAUGUCAGACGUACAGACAAAGUGGGAACAGAAGCAGCCUUCCAUCCCAUCGAGGAGUACAUGGUGCAUGUUGAAGAACAUUUUCAGCUUCUCGCACGCAGGAUGCAGGUGGACAAAAAAAGAGUAUAUUUGGCCACAGAUGACCCCUCUUUAUUAAAGGAGGCAAAAACAAAGUACCCCAAUUAUGAAUUUAUUAGUGACAACUCUAUCUCUUGGUCAGCUGGACUGCACAACCGAUAUACAGAAAAUUCACUUCGGGGUGUAAUCCUGGAUAUACACUUUCUCUCCCAGGCAGACUUCCUAGUGUGUACUUUUUCAUCCCAGGUCUGUCGAGUUGCUUAUGAAAUCAUGCAAACAUUGCAUCCCGAUGCCUCUGCAAACUUCCAUUCUUUGGAUGACAUCUACUAUUUUGGAGGCCAGAAUGCCCACAACCAGAUUGCCAUUUAUCCUCACCAACCUCGAACUGCAGAUGAAAUCCCCAUGGAGCCUGGAGAUAUUAUUGGUGUGGCUGGAAAUCAUUGGGAUGGCUAUUCUAAAGGUGUCAACAGAAAACUGGGAAGGACGGGCCUAUAUCCCUCCUACAAAGUUCAAGAGAAGAUAGAAACAGUCAAGUACCCCACAUAUCCUGAGGCUGAUAAAUAAAGCUCAGAUGGAAGAAGUGAGCAACCAAACUAAGUUCAAACCAUUUGAGCCAAACAGUAGACCAAGAAGGCCCUGACCUAACAAUGUGUGGUUAAACGAGUGGACACCUCCAGCGUCAAUAGCAACUGAGAACAGACAGAUGCUUCAUUGGUGGAAUUCUUCUUUAACGAGGGCUGCGAUGCCCUCAAAUCCAUGCACAGUCCAAUAAUGUACUCACAUAUAACAUGCAAACAGGUUGUUUUCUACUUUGCCUCUUCUUUCAAGAUUAUGUCCCAUGAAACAAACACUGCCACAUUGUAUAAUUUAAGUGAUACAGACAUAUUUUGUGUGAGACUUCAAACAUGGUGCCUAUAUCUGAGAGACUUGUGUGACCCAAUGAGAAGACCCAAAUAGCUCCCUACUGUCAGGAGAGUUAAUUCUUAACCAGUGGUGGUGGUGUGACCACUGAAUUCACUCCACUCAACAGAUUCAGAAUGAGAACAGCUAUUUUUUUCCUUUAUAAGGUUAUCUGGAUUUUUUUUUUUUUAAGUAAUUACAUCAGGUCAUCCACUUCAUCAUUAAUAAGUGAAAAUAAAAUAUUGACACUCCAUUAGGAACUUUUGUAAAACAAUGUCAUAAACAGAUUCUUUAGUACUUAAUGUUUCUGGACAUUCUCUUUGAUAACAAAAAAUAAAUUUUAAAAAGAGAAAUUUUGUAAAGUUUCUGUAAUUUUGCAUCAUUGGAUUAUGUAGUGGUCAGCUUUAUAGUGGUAGAACCAUGAUAAAAAAGGAGUUUUAUAGUUUUUCUGCUGCUUUUUUCUUUUUUGCUUCUGAUAGAGUGACUAAUCGCAUCUUAGCUCAGAGAGUCAUUAGUCUGUUUUAAUACUGAAAACUAAGUUUAGUUGGUGUACAUUACAAAUUUGCUAAGAACAGUCUUUGGGAGUUUUCAUUCUCUUAUUUUGGACAUCAUUUAAUUAUUUUUAAUUGAAUGAAAUAAUCAUACUCCUCGCCUCCAGAGGAACUAUUACUUCCGUUUUUAAACCUAACCGUUUCAGAAUUGUUUAGUAACUUUUCUUAUUGUGGCUAUUGUCACUUUUGGGGAGUUGGGUCAUUUCACUUUAUCUGCAUACCAACUUGUACCCUUUUCUAUUGUGUCCUGUUUUUAAGAAUAUCAGAAUCUUUGGGGCUAGGAAGCUGGCUCUGUUUCUGAACUAUGUGUCUCACAUAUAUAGAAUUUGGUGAACAAAGGAGAAAAGGACCAGUGUGAGACCCAAAAUGAAUUUGGGAUUGUCUCUUCUAAGUACUUCCUUGUGGUAAUAUCAUGUCAGAUCACUUCAGAAGAUAGACUUUGAUGUUCCCACUGUACAUCACUUUUCUCCUUACAGAAAACUUCCGUAUUUAUAUGUAGCCUGCCUCCUACAGAUGCUUAGCAAGAACAUUUCGUAGCAUGUGUUUUACCUUCUAAAAGAAAAACUUGAUCUAUGUAAGAACCAGUAGCAGACCUGGUGUCGAAUAUCAGGGAUUUCAGACAGAAAAGCCCACUUAGCCCUGGCCUUUCCAUCCUUAAAAUGAAAAUACUUGUUUGCAACAUCUCCUCAACAAACUUCCUAAAUUCUUUCUACCUCUCAAUUCAAGGUUCCCAGAGAGCAAAGACAAACUACCUAGAGUAUCAGUAAGCAAUUUUCAAUUUAGUUUUGGUAUAAGUCAUUUGAAAUAAAAAUCUCCAAAUGAGCCAAGAUAAUGAGUUACUUUCUAGCUUCCAUCUCGCUUGUCAUCAGUACAUCCGUAACUAUGGGUCUGACUUGUGCCCCUCUGCUGAGAUUGCCUCUAUUUACUACAACCAUGCUUUCCUUUACUUCGUUGAACAUAGCUAUAACAACUGCUUUAAAAUCUUUUUUCUGCGAAGUCCAACAUCUGAAUCAUCUCACAGUUGGUUUUCAUUGUUUGUCUCUUCUCUGGAGAUUGGUCAUGUUUUUCUGGUUCUUUGUAUGUUGAGUAAUCUUAGAUUGUAUCCUGAACAUAUGUAAAUGUUUAUAUCAUGAAUAUAUUUUUCCAAAGUGUGAUAA